UUUCCAACAACCCGACAAAAAAAAUGCACGCAACUUCGUCACGUCGUCACUCAUCAAAUAAAAACGAAGACGAAAAUUACCAUAAAAUUACGAAGGUUAGUUCUAGUUUCUUAAAAAUAGAAUAAAACAAAAAAAAAAAAAUUUACCCUCGCGUGUGAUCUUUUCAAAAGUUUUGUGUUUUGUCAAUAAUAAUUUAAAUAAACUUAACCAAAAAAAUGUAUGAAUUAAAAACCCUUUUGCCCAAAUUCGAUAUCGAAUUACCGACCUGCAUGUACACUUUAAGGAGUAAUGCACUCUCCGCCGAGCAGCAGGAUUCGACAACGACAAGACAUUGCAAUGGAUCUGCUGGACCUGGAUCAUCUGCCGAUGUAAGUGAAAGUAAAAAUAAAUUGAAAAAUACAUCAACAUCUUCAAGAUUGUCACCGCCUUCGUCGUCGAGUAAUAAAAAAUGUGUUCUUCUCGAUGCCGUCGAACGACAAAUUCAACAAUUUCUCAAGGGAUCCAGUCACACAUCUGAAAUCGAACAACGACAAGAAAAGGUCCUUCAGCAGUUGAAUGAAUUGAAAUCCCAACUGGCGGGGAUACGGUCACAACUUGGGCUAUGCCAAAAAGGUGUUCAACACACCGCAAAGCCCGCUGUUAAGAAAGAUGACCUCAUUGUUGAUGACCCUCUUCAUGACAUCGUCAUCAACUCUCAGCCAACUUUCAUACCAUACUCCUUGUUAGCACUCAAAAACGCCUGGAAGGGUUCCUUCAACAUUGACGUGAAAGUAUUCGCCCACUCAUCCAUCUCUAACGUCAGCGAUGAAGCACGUGAAUUUGAGAAAAAACUAUGUGCCUCCAGCCCAAGUGAUCCAUCAAAGCGUGGCAUCAAAAUUACACUCAUUUGGACAAAUUGUGAGCAUACUGAAAUGAUCAUGUCACCUACCAUGUACGUUCCCAUCUACGGCGAAGUGAAUAUCAUUCGUUAUUUGGGGCGAGUUGGACCGGCAGAAUAUCGUUACGAACAGACACCCCUCUGCAAUGAAAUCGAUUUGGUGCUGGAUAUCUGCUAUGAACUCCUUCGAUGCAGUACACCUAAAUCAAAAGCUGACAUUAUUCGUAUUCUUAAUACUCGAUUGCAGAAGGAACAAUAUUUCGGUGGUAGUCGAUUAUCUGUUGCCGAUAUUGGAUGUUAUAGCACAUUUUUGCGAAUGAAAUUAGGUGCUAAAGAACUUACGCCAGCACUCAAAGAGUGGCGUGAACGAGUCAAGGCUGCGAUACAACUAUAAUUUUGAAUUUUAAACUUGAAAAACGAAAUAAAUUCGAAGAAUUAAACGAAAUGACGAAAUAUUA